AUGUGGAUUAAAUCAAUUGUGUUGGAUGGUUUCAAAUCAUAUGCACAGAGGACCGAGAUAAAUGGUUUUGAUCCAUUGUUCAAUGCUAUAACUGGUCUCAACGGCAGUGGGAAAUCAAACAUAUUGGAUGGAAUUUGCUUCUUAUUGGGAAUAACAAAUCUAAGCAAUGUUCGUGCUGUGAAUCUGAAUGAGCUAGUUUAUAAAAAUGGACAGGGAGGCAUAACUAAGGCCACGGUGAGCAUAGUGUUUGAUAACACUAAUAAACCUCAAUCACCAUACGGAUAUAGACAUUAUGAUGAAAUAACUAUAACAAGACAGAUAUCAAUUGGCAAUCGAAACAAGUAUCUCAUAAAUGGACUUAUUGCAAACAACAACAGAGUUCAUGAUCUGUUCAAAUCAGUACAGCUGAAUGUUAACAAUCCUCACUUCCUCAUCAUGCAAGGUAGGAUCACAAAAGUUCUCAACAUGAAGCCUGAGGAGAUUUUGUCAAUGAUAGAAGAAGCGACGGGCACCAAGUUGUAUGACAACAAGAGGGACGAAGCCAGUAAGGUCAUGGAGAAGAAGAACGUCCAUCUUUUGGAAAUUGAUACCAAUUUAAAUGAAGAAAUAAAUCCUAAAGUUCUGAAAUUAAAGGAAGAGAAGGCAUCAUAUCUGGAAUAUCAAAAAAUUAUUCGUCAAUUGGAACAUUUAAAUAAAUUCCACAUAGCAUACAAGUUUUUUGGGGCAGAGGCAUGUUCAGAUUUUGUUGAACUUAGCAAAAAAUCAGUGGAAGACCAUUUGCAGCUCUUAAAGACUUUGAAUGAUUCGAAGAAGGAGGUUGCUUGCGGAGAUGAAAGUUUGAAAUUGUUGUCCACAGUUAUAGCUUCUUUGGAAAAAAAGAGAGAUGAGGAAGCCGGCGGCUUGUUGAGUACGCUGCAAAAGGCUCAUGAAGAGGCAAAAAAUGCACUGACCAUCAACAGCAGUCAUCUCAAUGCAAGUAAGAAUCAACUCACGUCUGAAACCAACAAACUCGAAAAACUCAAACGACAGCAACAUGCAGAUAAGACGAGUUUGAAGUUAAAAAAGGAAGCUGUCACAAAACUGGAGUUUGAAUUAAAUGUUCUAAAAGAGAAGAACGAGGCAUUAAAGAAUUCACAUAAGAGCGCCAUUGACCACCUGAAAGCUGUUAAAGUGGGAUUGGCAGGUGUUGACAAUGGUAAAGAUGCCACUGUCAACGAACAGCUAAGAAGUUGCAAGGUUAACAUCAGUAACAUAGAAACAAUGUUAGAAGAGACAAAGAUAAGGGUUGAGUUGAAAAAAUUGAAUUAUGAAGAUGGUUUAGAGGAAAAGUUGGGAGCAGAACAUAGAAGACUUGAAAUGGAAGUGAUGCGAAUCAGUGAACGGAUUAACAGCCUUGAAGCAAGAUUUCAUCAGCUGUCGUUUGAUUAUCACGAUCCGGAAUCAAAUUUCAAUAGAACUUCGGUGAAGGGUCCGGUGGCAAUGUUGAUGAAUGUGAAGGAUCAAAAAUAUGCGACUGCUCUUGAAGUUGUGGCUGGUGGAAAGUUGUAUCAUAUAGUUGUUGACACAGAACAGACCAGCAAGAAGUUACUGGACAAAGGACAGUUGAAAAGAAGAGUCACCUUCAUUCCUCUUAACAAAAUUGCUGGUUCUAAAAUAUCCGCUGACGUUCUUAGGAGGGCCGAAUGUCUGGUUGGAAAAGAGAAUGUAAGAACUGCCCUUUCACUGGUGGAAUAUGAAAAUGAACUGGAAGCAGCUAUGGCGUAUGUUUUUGGAACAAGUUUUAUCUGCACCGACAUGGAGUCAGCCAAAAGAGUGACCUUCGAUGAAGAUAUCAUGAUGAGGUCAGUCACACUGGCUGGCGACUCUUUCGAUCCUGCUGGUAUUGCAUCAGGAGAUGUGAUGAACGAACAAAUGGUCAGUGGAGAAGACAGGAAGAAGAUGCUGUUGAAACAGAUUGAAGAGCUAGAAGACAUAUUGAAAAAUAAAGAUGCCCACAUGGAACAGCAAGUUAAGAAGGCUCAAGAUGAUUUGGAUAGCAUCACUCACCGCUAUGAGGCUUCAAAUAACUUUCUGAAAAUCAAAGAACAAGAAUUUAAUGUAAUGAAAUUGGAGCUUGUUGAUUUGGAUAAAGAGCAUGUGGACUUGAUGGAUCAGAUAAAUUCAACAAGUGAGUCCAUCAAGAAGUUGGAAGAACAAGUCACACAACAAGAGGCGGAGGUUCUACGCGCCCAGGUGCAACUAAUGACUAAUAAUUAUAACAAGGAUAUUGAAGCAAAGCAGUUGGAGCAGCAUGAAUUAGUUAAAAAUAAAAAAAAGCUCCUUCUUCAAAUAGAAGAUAUGCAACAUAAAAUAACUCAAGCCAACAAAGUUGCAAAGGAUGCCCAAAAAAAGGUUGAACAAAUGUUAAAAGAGCAUGCUUGGAUUGCUGAGGAGAGGAAUCUUUUCAAUGUUGCCAACACUGUAUACGAUUUCAAUGCAAACAACCCUAAUGAAGCCUCAAAAAAAAUUAAUAAAUUGCAAGACAUGAAGGAGAAGCUGUCCAAGACUGUGAACAUGAGGGCUAUGAGUAUGCUGAACAAAGCAGAAGAACAGCAAAGAGAUCUUAUGCAAAAACGACCAGUUGUCCUGUCAAAUCGAGCUCAAAUUGAAAAACUUAUCACCAAGUUGGACAACGAAAAAGAUAAAGCACUUAAAUUAGCUUUUGCACAAGUUAACGAGGACUUUGGAUCAAUUUUUUCAACUCUUUUGCCCGGAGCAUCAGCCAAAUUAAUUGCCACCGAAGAGAAUGGAAUUCUUUGCGGUGUUGAGUUUAGAGUUGGGUUUGGUAAUGUUUGGAAAGAAUCAUUGAGUGAAUUGUCUGGAGGACAAAGAUCUUUGGUGGCUCUCUCAUUGAUUCUUGCUCUUCUGUUAUUCAAGCCAGCACCAUUGUACAUACUUGAUGAGGUGGAUGCGGCCCUAGAUUUGUCACAUACUCAAAACAUUGGUCAAAUGCUUAAGGCCCAUUUCAAGCAUUCUCAAUUCAUCAUUGUCUCCCUGAAAGAUAGCAUGUUUAAUAAUGCUAAUGUGCUUUUCAAGACUAAAUUUGUCGAUGGCGUCUCAACGAUAACCAGGCACACGCAAGAAAACAAUGGUAAGAGCAGUUCAGAGCCCGUACAAAAGAAGAAAAUUUGA